AUGGUGCUGCAUAGAAAUGAACAAGAAUAUGAGGCAGUGAAUGACGCCUUAUUAAAAGCAAAAGAGAAAUUACGUACACGCCUAACUGAAAACCAAAUACAAGUUUUUGAAAGAAAACUUAAUAGGAAGUUGGUUAUCACACAAACAGAAAUAAAAGAGAAUAAGAAGGAUACAUAUUUGUGGGAUAAAAAUGACUAUGAAACUGGGAGGGCAUUUGAUUGGGGAAGAAGGAGACAACGUAGGAGACACCCACAAAGGAGAAAUAGAACGGACGUUUGGACAACCGAUUCUGAUUCUAGUGCAUCAGAUGACCCUAAUACAUCAACUGAAAAAGGCUUUUGUUUCUGUGAAGAAUCCCGAUCUGAAGCCAUUCCGAAGUUGGCUAGUAAUCUGGAACGACAUGAUUUAGAAACUCUUCUUCAGAUUCUCUCAAGCAAUUUAGAUACUUCAGCACAAGAGCAGAUCUUAAUCACUCUCUGUAACAUCUCAGCAUUUUCCGUAAACCAUGAUAUUAUUCGGAAUUUAGAUGGUAUUUGUAUUAUUGGAGGGUUCCUUUCACACGCUGAUCCAAAAAUAAAAGCAGGUGCUCUUAAUGUACUCAACAACCUGAGCUUGAACCUACCAAAUCAGGAACAAAUACAGGCUUUUAUAAAUGAAGUAUUAAAGGAUAUCACAGAGUGUUCGUUAAAUUCUGAAGUCCAGCUGGCUGGCCUGAGACUGGUGAUCAAUAUGUCAGUCACCAAUAAGUACCAUGAAAAGAUGGAAGAUUCUAUUCAAAAUCUACUCAAUUUACUAGACGAAGGAAAUGACACCACCAAGAUACACACAUUAAAACUUCUUGUGAACAUGUCUGCAAAUCCUUUGAUGACUAGACCUCUCCUUGCAAGUAAGGCACCAUCAUUGUUCCCGUCGCUCUUUGAUGGCAGCAUUAAUAGGGAUGUACUCAUAAGAGCCCUGAGUUUUACAGCAAAUCUUUCUGAGAACCUGGCUAAAGAGCAGCAGUAUGAUGGCCCCCGUCACCUUAAAGAAGACUCCACCUAUGCAGUUCUGUUUAAAGAUCCAGCAGUGCUCCAAAGAAAUCUUGUACCAUUAUUACUCUUCCCCGACAUGGAAAUAAAAGAAGAAGCCUAUAGAUGUAUUAGAAGUACUAAACAUUACUAA